GUUUCUUUUUUCCUCCCGUUUUAUAUUAUUUCCAUUUCACGUGGCCGGCACAGCUGUGGCAGCUGGGGUAAGGCACGUGACCAUUGCAUAUUUGAACGCGGUGACGCGCGUGCCGAUUAUACCCUCUCAGAAGACAAAUCCAUUCUCCGAUACCCACCCCGGCUCAACGACGCUUCCGCAACGGAACAUCCAUGGGAUUCUUCCAUUGAUCCUGUCCCACUUGAACUUGUUUCUCCCUAUCUCCAGCUGAUAUUCUGUUCAAGUCUCAUCGCCCUUCAUUUUCGCACUUUCAGAUUAGACACAAUGUUCAGAAACACCUUUCAGAGUGGAUUCCUUUCUGUUCUCUUCAGCGUCGGUACCAAGCCGUUACAACUUUGGGAUAAAAAAGUCCGUAAUGGCCAUAUCAAACGGAUAACCGACAACGAUAUUCAAUCACUGGUUCUCGAAUUGUUGGGGAACAAUGUGUCCACAACUUACAUCUCUUGCCCUUCCGACUCCACAAGGGUACUGGGCAUCAAGCUUCCGUUUUUAGUUUUAAUCGUGAAAAAUCUAAAGAAGUAUUUCACUUUUGAAAUUAUGAUUUUGGAUGACGUCGGCAUAAAACGUCGAUUUCGGGCAAGCAACUAUCAAAGCACUACUCGUGUGAAGCCUUUCAUAUGCACAAUGCCUCUCCGAUUGGAGGACAACUGGAACAACGUGUACUUCAAUCUAGCUGACUUCACCAAGCGAGCUUACGGCACUAAUUUUGCAGAAGUGCUUCGUAUUCAGAUCCACGCUAACUGCCGCAUCAGACGGAUUUACUUUUGUGACCGAAUCUAUUCCGACGACGAGCUGCCCGCGGAGUUUAAACUCUAUCUUCCUGUUCAUGCAAACCGGAACAGUUAA